AUUUACUUGAUUUAUUUUAUAUAUUUAAAUUUAAUAUGUUGUCAAGACAUUUACCGAAAAAAUGAUAAUUUGAAUCAACAAAUUGUGGCAAAAGUUGAAAGGAUUGAUCCAAAAGACUUUGGUUUUCAAAGACAAUCCAAACGAACUGACUUUAAUGUCAACACCGGAACAAAUGCUAACAGAGAUGAAAGCUUUCGUCAGCCGCCGGACACUGAAUGGACGGCACGGGCGCCGCGUAUAUCUAAUUCGUGGCGUAGAAGACAACAACAAUUUUCAGAUGGAUUUACUAGUUAUGGCCGAACAAACACAACAUCACGGGUUCAUAGGAAUGACAUUUUGAAUAUACCGGAUGACUGGUCAGUAAGUGCAUUGCAAACACAAUUAGUCGAUACAAACCGUACGUCAAGACAACCCUUUAUGUUUGGUCGUACACCAGACAAGUCAGUCAAUUGUUCUCAACUAUGUCUAUCACAAAGAUAUCUUCAGCACUAUUAUACAAAACAAUGUAAACCAAUAUAUGAUGACCGAUGCGGAUGUCCUAAAACUUUUGACUGCAAUUAUGACAAUUUGCCUCAAAAUCAAUCGGUAUGUCACUUUGAGGGUCGUAUUUACCGAAUUGGUUCAACAAUUGUAACCCAAAAUCCGUGUCGUAUAUGUGAUUGUCGUCAAAGUGGCCAUUCAUUGGCCAGAAUUGACUGCAGUAUUGCCAUUGAAUGUCCGGAAUCGGCGUUUGGCUUAAAACCCGAACCUAAUUGCUAUUUUGCUUACCGACGGGACAAAUGUUGCGGUGAAAUGGUUUGUCCUAAAUUAGGUCAACCGAAAAGAGAUAUCAAAGUUUGUCGAUACAAAUCUAAAGACUAUCGUUUAGGAGAAAAGAUAUAUCCAGAGGAAGACAUGUGUAUGACAUGUAUUUGUACUGACGAUUGGCUGGAAAACAAUCCACUGAAGAGUAAACACUGUUACCGACAGACUUGUGAUCUCCAGUUGAACUCACAAUUCACUUCCGGUUGUCUACCUGUUUAUCACGAGAGCACGUGCUGUCCAAUUGAUUAUAUAUGUGACAAACAAAACAAACAAACAGAUAGACUAACAAAAGUGUCAAAUCUAACGGUCUGUUUGUUUAAUGGCAACAAAUAUCCGAUUGGCCACAGACUACAAACAGAUAAUCCGUGUGUUGAAUGCCAGUGCUCUGUACCGCCAGAUAUGACAUGUAUACACAAGAGCUGUCCGACCCCGCAGUCAAACAAUUGUUAUGUCGGUGUAUGGGAUCAUCAUAUUUGUUGCCAAAAAUAUAAUUGCAAUUAAUUAUUCAAAUAUUUUUUAUUAUUAUUAUUUCUAAUGUUUGAUUAG